CGCUUGCCGAGCCAGUAAAGUCCCUCUUUUCCAGUUUGAUGGCGAGGUUGCAUCCACAAUCUGUAAACUUUCGGACUAUUCGCUGAUAAAUCUUCGGCCCAGGUGGGACGCAGAAAUUGUCCCAUCCAGAGCUGCUGGUGUGUUAUCAAAGACCUGUAAGACACCAGAAACCACAUUAAAACAGGUCAGAAGAUUGCUUGUGUGCCAACACCAUCCUCUUACAUCUUCCAUUUGCUCCAGGACUGCCACCAUCACCAGCACCCAACAUGAGCAUGCAACUUGAAUUGAAGAACGUGAUUAUAAGAGCUGGAGAUCAGCUGAAAGUAAAGGGGGUAAUUCCACAUGAUGCUGAGAGAUUCGAGAUCGAUCUCGGCUGUGGUGCAGACGACCUGGCGCUGCACUUUAACCCUCGUUUCCAUGACGACACUGAUGGAGCCGUUCUUGUUUGCAACUCAAAGGCUGCUGGUUGUUGGGCCGUUGAGAAACGUGAAAUACACAACCCCCUACAGAGGGGAGCAGAGGUCAAGAUGGUGUUGAAGCUGACUGGAGACAUGUUUGAAGUGGAGCUUCCUAAUGGACAUGAAGUACAGUUUCCCAACCGUAAUAACAUGGACAUCAUCAGCUACAUCAAAAUCACAGGAGACUUCAAACUGACUUCCUUAAAGAUCUGCUAAGAGACACAAUUGCUGUUACACAUGCAUGACAUGUUUAUCGGUUUGGUUAAAGACAAGACUUUGAGACUUCAGUUAUUGUAAGAAAUAUGAAUCACUAUGAGAUGUAGAUCUUCAGUGAAUUGGAAAUCUACCUUUAUCUAAAAAUGUCCUGUUGUGCACAAGAAUAUAAAAUGUUUGUAUUCAAAUGAUCUUGUUUUAUUGUCUUUGAUGGGUUGAGACUUAAAACAUACAACAAACACUAACUUUACAUACAGUAUC